CGCCAAGAAGGGGCCGGCGGGCGAGGGCCGGCGCGCCAAGAAGGGGGCCGGCGGGCGAGGCCGGCGGCGCCAAGAAGGGGCCGGCGGGCGAGGCCGGCGGCGCCAAGAAGGGGCCGGCGGGCGAGGCCGGCGGCGCCAAGAAGGGGCCGGCGGGCGAGGCCGGCGGCGCCAAGAAGGGGCCGUCCGGCGAGGCCGGCGGCGCCAAGAAGGGGCCGUCCGGCGAGGCGGCGGCCAAGAAGGGACCCUCUGGUUGGUGCCCAAGAAGGCGCCGCCGGUGGGCCCGCUGGUGCCAAGAAAGCACCAUCGGGUGAAGCCGGCGGCGCCAAGAAGGGACCGUCCGGUGAAGCCGGCGGCGCCAAGAAGGGACCUUCCGGUGAAGCCGGCGGCGCCAAGAAGGGACCUUCCGGUGAAGCCGGCGGCGCCAAGAAGGGACCGUCCGGUGAGGCCGGCGGCGCAAGAAGGGACCGUCCGGUGAGGCCGGCGGCGCCAAGAAAGCACCCGCCGGGGGACAGGGCGGCAUUAAGAAAGACUUCCGCGGGGCUCAGGGCAGCGCAAGAAAGACGCCAACCGGCGGACCGGGCGGCGCCAAGAAGACGGCAGCAGCGGACCGGGUGGCAUCAAGAGGAAAAGCGCCCGCCGCUGGGGCCGGGCGGUGCCAAGAAGGCGCCCGGCGGUGCCAAGAGGAAGGCGACGGGCGGGCAGCCCGGAAGCGCCAAGAAGAAGAAGGUGCCCGCCGUCGAGGCCGGAAGCGUGAAGAAGGCGCCGGCCGGGGAGCCGGGCAGCGCCAAGAAGAAGGCGCCCGAGGCCGGAGGCGCCAAGAAGGCGCCCGCCGGGGAGCCGGAGAGCGUCAAGAAGGUCCCCGCCGCCAAGGUCGGAAGCGCCAAGAAGCCGCCGGCCGGGGAGCCCGGAAGCGCCAAGAAGGUGUUGCCCUCGGUUCCCGAAACCCUCCGGAAAAAGCGGAAGGCUUUCGCGGAGCUGAGGGCCCGGCGUUUGAAGCAGCUGUUGGCCCAAAAGCAGCUGCGCAAGGCCCAGAGGAAGGUCAUCUACAAGCGAGCGGAAGCCUACCACAAGGAAUACCGGCAGAUGUACCGUCGCGAGAUCCGCAUGGCCCGCAUGGCCCGGAAGGUCGGCAACUACUACGUCCCCGCCGAGCCCAAGCUGGCUUUCGUCAUCCGGAUCAGAGGGAUCAACGGCGUGAGCCCCAAGGUACGCAAGGUGCUCCAGCUCCUCCGCCUCCGUCAGAUUUUCAACGGCACCUUCGUGAAGCUCAACAAGGCCUCCGUCAACAUGCUGCGGAUCGUGGAGCCCUACAUCGCCUGGGGUUACCCCAACCUGAAGUCGGUCAACGACCUGAUCUACAAGCGAGGUUACGGCAAGAUCAGGAACCAGCGGAUCGCCCUGACGGACAAUUCCCUCAUCCAGAGGUCGCUCGGCAAGCACGGCAUCAUCUGCAUGGAAGACCUCAUCCACGAGAUCUACACGGUGGGCAAGAACUUCAAGGCGGCCAACAACUUCCUGUGGCCCUUCAAGCUGUCUUCCCCCCGAGGCGGGAUGAAGAAGAAGACGACGCAUUUUGUGGAAGGGGGGGACGCCGGCAACAGGGAAGAUCAGAUCAACAGGCUCGUGAGGAGGAUGAACUGAAGGCCUCUAAAACCAAUCUUUUUCCAACCGGAUGUGUUAAUAAAACACCUGUCCAAACGAAAA